AAUCCCCACUUUUUACAACCAGAACCAGUCGUUGUGAGAAUUUCACCGUGAAUACUUGUCCCUAAUAAAAAAAUUUUAUUUUAAAAUACAUAAAAUUAAAUUAAAAAAAAUUAAUAAGUGAAUUCUAUAAAAAAUAUUAUCCCUUAAAAAAACUAAUAAUGUUUAAAUAAAAUUUUUUUUUCAAAAUCUAUAAAUAAAAUUGGAGUUCGCGCUUUGUCUUUCGUACGAAUCGGGGGUGUGAUUCUAUAAAAAAAGAAGUAAUAAUAAUAAUAAUAAAACUAAAUAAAGAAAACCAGGAAACGAGCCUCGAAAAUAAGUCAAUAAUGAGGGACAUGGCGGGUAAAAUAUCAGAGCUUAAAUUCGAAGCACCUCUUGCACGUUUUGAAGAAGAAGAUACAGCGACAUUAAAAAAUAUGAAUUUAUUAACAGAACAGUUGCUUGACGCUAGUAUGGAUAUUAAUUACGGUGAAAAUUGCAACGCAAAUGAGCCGACACAUGAAACAACAACAACAACAACGACAGAUAUAUUGCAAGAAGGUACUUUCAGUCCGUUUAGUGGGAGUCUCGAGGAUCUUGUAAAUACAUUUGAUGAGAAAAUAACAUCUUGCUUUCGAGAUUAUGCUACUGAUGUUGAAACUCUUGCUCCAGUCCAAGUAAGGACACAAGAAGAGAUAAUGAACGAAUGCCAGAUGUGGUGGACAAUUACUGGUACAUUUGGAAGUAUUUUACCAAUUGAUUGGAGUAAAUCAUAUGCUAGAAAAAUGCAUAUGCCGUCUCUUAAUCUUAAUGAGCCAUCAGUUGAAUCAAUGGAAAAACCUGAAUUAGAAGAUUUAAGUAGCGAAGACGAAGCUGUUGCGACUGAUUUAGAUAUGCAUGCAUUAAUAUUAUCAAGUAGUACAGACGCAACACAUAGUCCUGAAGAGCCAUUAAAAACAGCUGAAGAAGUGUUACGUGAAAUUGAUGAUAUCAUGCAGGAAAGCCCAUCAAUGGAAAGGUCACCCGAUACUGACGGAUCGAUGUUAGAUACUGAUGAAGUAUUGGAACGUAGUCGCGAAGUACUCGGCUCACCACUUUAUGAAAAAAAACUGAAACAAUUGUCAUCGAAUGAAUUGAUUGGAUUGUUGGGUGAAAUGGAAGCACUUGUCGGUGCAUUGAGCGAAACAUUAAUUGCCGAAUUGGCAUUGCGCGAUGAAUUAGAAUUCGAAAAAGAAUUGAAGAAUCAAUUCAUAUCUUUAUUACUCGCUGUACAAAAUCGACGUAGACAACAUCAUGUUACUAAAAAACGGGGCAAUGGCACCAGUCCCUUACCACAGCAUAGAUCAUUACAGGAAUCUAAGUAUCUUACUACCGUCAUACCAUAUCAUACAGACAAUGGGCCCCCAAAUAAUCAAGCGCUCCAGGUUUUAAUUAAAAUACUGAAAGCCAUUAAUGAAGACAGUCCAACAGUCCCUACAUUAUUAACUGACUACAUUUUGAAAGUUUUGUGUCCAACUUAAUGGGGCCAUUGGUUGGUUUAAUUAAAAAAAAAUGAUUGAAAAAAAUACGAUAAUAAAUAAUUAUUAAAAAAUGGAUUAAAUAUAAAACUUCUUGCCAUUUUGUGCUUGCAACCAUUGUUGUACUGCAUUUACAAUUUAUCAAACCAACAUAUAUAUUUAUAUAUAUUUGCUUUGUUCCGCUAUGUAUUAUCAUUAUAAAUUAUUUAUUUUUAAGAUACAUAAUAAUAUUCUCACACAGUUUUUUUUAUCGUUCAUUUCGAGUCAAAAUUAUUAUUAUUGCGUGAGUAUUAUUAUUAUUAGUAUAGAAAAUAUUUUUUUAAAUUUAAAAAAAAAAUGAAAAAAAACUUUGUGAGAAUAUCAGCUCAAAAAUAUUCUCUAAGUUUGCCACACGAUGCUCUUUUCUAGUCUUUCGUUUACGCUUUAAAAAAAUGUAUUAUACUGCUUUUUUUUUUAAUUAUUUAAAAAAAAAAAAUUAGUAAUUUUUAUAUUUCAAACGUUAAAAUUAUUUGUAUGCAUGAUAAUAAUUAUUAUUAUUAAAAAAAUAAUCGAAUAAUAAAUGUGACAAAAAUAUUGCAAUACGCACUUAUAUUAAAAAAAAAAAAUGAUUACAUAUAAGUAUUAUUUAUAUAUUCAGUUUUUGUUUAUAUAUAAUCAAACUAUUAUUUUUAAAAAAUAUAUACAUAUAUAUAUUUUGUUUUUUAUAUACAAUUGAAUUCGAAUUAAAUGUAAAUAUUUAUUAAAUUACGUUAUGUCAUAAUUAUAAAUAAACAAAAUAACCAUUUUUUUUUCAUACGCUUUGUGGUAAAGAUACGUGUGAUCAAUAUAAAAAAACACAGCUGAUAUUAUACAGUAGUUAAGUUUAUAUUAGCUUUAGUGUCUCGAAAAGGGUCGGGCAAAAUGGAGACGCUGAGAAAAUUUUUAUCUUCAUUGGGCUGAAUAUUUUAUUCUUUUGUUAAUUUAAAAAAAAAUGAGGGAAAUUUUUUAUUCCUAUGGGAAAAAAAAUUUUUAUUUCAAACAUCCCCAGAUAGCAAAAUGCCGCCUUGAUGAGUUCUAAAUGAGUUUCUAUUUAUGAUUUGGACGCCCGAUAAAACAAGAUUUUAUACAAUUGUAUAAAAUUAUAUACAAAAAAUGGCCCGAUCCAAUUGUAUACAACUGUAUAGAAAUUGUAUAAAAUUCAAUACAAAUUGUAUGCAAGUCUAUAUAAUUAUAUACAAUUUUAUACAAAUUAUAUACAAUUCUAUAUAAUUGUAAUAUAUAGAAUUGUAUACAAUUUGUAUAAAAUUGCAUAUAAUUAUAUAGAAUUGUAUAGAAUUGUAUACAAUUUCUAUACAAAUUGUAUACAAUUGGAUCGGGCCAUUUUUUCUAUCCAAUUAUAUAAAGUCUAUAUAUAAUUGUAUAAAAUCUUUUUUCAUCGGGCAUCUUAUCAACAUCUUGAAGAAGUCUUUAAGAAGUUCUCAAGAUUUCGAAUGAGCCACCUAGCGAACUCAGUAAGACGUCUUUAAAAAGAGUUCUUUAUUUUGACUUCGCAAAUAAGACCAGUAUAAAUUUACCAUGACGUCUUAAGGAGCUCCUAAUUUUGACUUCAAAGAAGUUAAAAAAGAAUAGAUUUAAACGUCACAAAACUGACGUCUUAUUAAUGGAGACUUCAAAAACUCUUAAUUAAGAGUUCUUAAAAAUGGCACCUUUAAGAAGUAAUUAUAAAACUUCUUGAGGACGCCUUCAAAACGACGUCGUGAAGCUGUCAUUCAGACUUAAAAGCUGUUUGGGACGGUAUUUCUAAACAAUAAGUUUUGGACUUUACACGGUUUUAAAAGAUACGUUGAUUGAGAAAAAAAUUUUGGAGUUCCCUAUUUUGCAGAAAGUAACCCACUUUGUCCGGCCCUGUAAUUAUAUAUCAGUGUGUUAAAAAAAAAAUAAUUAUGAUGAUAAACAAUAAAUAUUGUUUAAUUGCGCUGUAACAUUAUAAAAAAUAUAUGAAACCUGACAUUCAAAAUUUUAUUAAGUUUCAUUUUUUUGAAAAUUUAUUUCAUUAUAAUUUAUAAGUGUAAGCCUUAAAAUAUAACAAAGAAUAUCAAUUUGGUGGUUUUGUAAUGUUUUAAAAAUUUUUUGAGACUGAUAUUAAAUUGCAAUAAUUAAAAAUUUUAUUAUUAUAUAUAAUUACCAUUACUAAUGAUAUUCUUUAUUUAAUUUGAAUAUUUAGUGAAUUUUGAUCGUACUAAAAAAUUAUUAGCGCUUACAACAUUUCGGAAUGUCAAGUCUCAUUUAUCAUCACGCUCUGCCAUUUUGAAUAAAUAAAAAUCAUUAAAGAAAAAUU